GUCUGUUUCCGGGUUAGAGGUCUCGCGCUGAGUAGUCUUCUGUCGCCAUGGCGAGCGGCGCAGCCAAUUUAAACGCGGUGAGAGAGACGAUGGAUGUUCUGCUUGAGAUUUCAAGAAUAUUAAACACUGGUUUGGAUAUGGAAACUCUGUCUAUUUGUGUGCGGUUGUGUGAGCAAGGUAUAAAUCCAGAGGCCUUAUCCUCAGUAAUUAAAGAGCUACGCAAGGCUACAGAAGCGCUAAAGGCUGCUGAAAAUAUGACAAGUUGACUUCAUGGGAGAAGAUAUCUCAAUGAGAUACAUGUCGAGCUAGCAAAGGGUUUGAAGACUGGCUGCUAUUCAGAAAUAUAGAAUGAAGUUAAUGUAUGUUCAGGUUUCCAAACAUUUCUGUAAUCUUCUUUAAAAAGAAAAGGAUGAGAUGUAAAAGUGUAAAGCUUUAUAGAAAAAGGCAUAUUGAUGGAAUUAUCUAAUAAUUAUUCAUUGCUUACUGUUUUCCUUUAUUUUUUUUUAUAGACUGUAUGUAGUAUUUUGGAAAUAGCAUGAUUAUUAUAUGUAUUCCUUAUAAAUCUGAGCUUUAGUUUUAUAAACAAUCUGUCAAAUAUUGCACGUUCACUGAAUCUACCUAAAAGUUUAAUGAAACUUAAUCACUCUGAUAUAGUAGAUAUAACUUGUUGAGAGUUUUAUUAUAAACUCUUAAUUUUGGACAGUUUAUGCAUAAUAGAUUGAUUAGUUUAUUUUCUUCUGGUAUGAAACUUGGCAUUCAACUUCAGAUGCAAUUUUUUAUGUACAAGCUAUCAUUUAAAUCCAUUCUAGGUUUUGUUUUUAAUCAGAGAGCAGGGGAAAAUAGUGAGAGUUUGCUUGCUUCUUUUAAAAAAAAAAAAGCUUAAGAUUUCAAAACUCAUCUUAUCAUUUUGAUAGUUUGUUUUUUUCAGAACUGAAUAAUGUUUAUUUUAAAAAAAAAUGACUUUUCUAACAAGCUAACCUAAGUCUGCAAGCAGUUACCAUACUUGCAGAUUUAUAUAUACUUGAAUUCCAUAGUACAUUUUUUAUGCAUUAUAUGGAAUAUCCUAUUGACUUCAGUAGUUCUUUAAUUAGGUUUAUAUCCUGUCCAUUGCAGAUAACAAAUAUUCCAUUCGAAUUCUCAUGAUCUUUAAUCCUAGUCAAAGUAUAGACCAGAGAUGUCAAACUGAUUAGGAAAGAGCCAAAUUCCGUUUUUAAUUAUGGUCAGUGAGUUUGGGUAUAAGACUAUUCACUCCCCUCAGUUGACAGUGGAAUAUCCACUGAUGUCUAAAAAGUUUGCAUAGGAAUCAAUGGUAGAAUAUACAGUAAUGACAUUUUUUGUUUUCAUUUUAGUGUUCAUUAUCACUCAAAGGGAACUAUACUCAUAUUCAGGAGAAUUGCUAUUUCUCCCCUUUGUUUCUCUCUCCAUCCUCCUUUCUUCAUUUCCUUCCUUCUCCCUGUUUCUCUCGGUCUCCACUUCAAUAAUUCCCGCCCCUUCCCCAUUUUAUCUAUUGAAAUCAUUAGUGCUGAUGAGUAGUUGUCAUUACUGGGUUUAAAGUAGUGAUGGGCCUCAUGCGGGUCGCAGGUUGCCCACCACUGGUUUAAAGUCACUCCAACACAGAUUAAUAGGAAGCAGAGAUCACACUUCUGAUUUAUUGUUUCAGGUUGUUUGCAGACUCGAGAAGAUAACACUAUAUUAACUUACAUUUGGAAAGCUAUCUUUGCAGCCUGGAGACAGAAAAACCUUUUUUUUUUUAAAAUGGAAUCUUAGAUUCUGUAUAAUCUGAGUAGGACAUGAGGACCACAGAAAUUCAUCAAGCAGGCCUAAUGGUUGACACCCCUAUUAUAGACAAUAUGUAAAAUAUGAGUUUAUUUUAAUAGUGAUUUGCAUCAUUUUAUGUUUAUUUUGCUACCUGGUAACAUGUUCUUUUUGGUUUGCUGUUUUACAUAUAUGAGAUAAAACACUUUAGUAUCAAACCUGGGAAAUUUAACUUUAGUGAUGUAUGCUAAUUAUCAUGGUACAUUAGUGGCACCAUAGUGAAAGUUGACACAGAAAGUUCAUUUUAAUUAAUUAGAGCUUUUCUGACUUAAAUAUUUGUGGGGGAGAAUAAUGAAAAUUUUAAACGUGAACAUGUUUGAAUUGUUUAAAGUAUUUUUGGUUCCCAAUGUAAAAUUGUACUUUCAAAACACAGUUUUUCAUAUUUUUACAGUG